CUCUCCAUGGGGAGCAAUUCAUUAUGUUCUCUACCGAGAAGAAAGUUAUGGUCUGCAUCAAAUGUUUCCGAGAUAUGAAAGUGGAAAGUCGUGCACAUUGUGUUGAUUUAGAAACGGCGCACAAUCAGAGUGGCACCAAGCUGGACCAGGCCGUUCAUUCAAUCCAAGAACUACAGAACUCGGUGAAAGAAGGCAUCCAGUUGUUACGUUCUCUACUGGAUGAGAUACAGCAGAAGUCACAAGCAGAGAAGGACGCCAUCUUAAAACUCUAUGAGUCCAUGUUACACAGAAUUAAUGAAAUGAAAACUCAGCUUCUUGAGGAAGUCAAAAGACAAUACUAUGCCAAAGAGAAACUGUUUAAAGCCCAGCUACUUUAUCUCAACACUUUACUACCCACCUUACACGUCAACCUCGUCACAUGCAGUGCCUUCUCAAGUUCUGCCAAUAAGUUUGAAUUCCUUAAUUUAUCUUUUGUUCUCAUGGAACGCCUGCAGUCGCUGGCCCUCCAGAAACACCCACUCCGUCCAACACAGGGAAGUCAAGUGAACACUGACCAUAAAAACGAAUUUGCCAAAUGCUUGGAGCCACUUCUAUUUCCAAACCUCUGCAGAGAAUUCACCUCAUCCAGCAACAACAGUAACACCUUUACACCAACUGUCAAGCUGGAAUUGUCUAAAGUACACCAUUCCAACAACAACAGCAACAACAACAACAGCAGCAGCAGCAGUAAGCUAACUACUAACACCAAUACUACAGCAGGCCACCAGAACAGUAGCAGCCAACACCAUCAUCAUCAUAGCAGCCCCACUACUACCUCUCCUAAUACUGCAACACUACCUACUGCUAGUAGUAGUAGUAGUAGUAGUGUGACAGCUUCUCUGAUCAACUACAGCAUCAACUUCAACAACUAUCGGCGCUCCAAUGGGAAAAGUAACAGCAUAAUCAAAUUUAUUGAUGCCAAGGGUCCAUUUGCUGACCACUGCAACGAGUUUGAUGUGGUACACAGGGAUCUAAUCCAGAAGUUGGAUCACCUGAAGCUGGAGGCCCAAGAGCUGCAUCGAGACUUGACCCUGCGUCGUUGUCUGGCCAAGAAGACGGUGAUCACCGAUCUGAGGAAGAUUGUGUCCCUCCUUGAGGAACAGCUACAUCGUCACCACCUCAACCUGGAGCACAAACAUCCCCCCUUGGAGAAGCACUGGGAAGAUUCUGUCCAAAGAAUAGCAAAUGAACAAGAAUUAUAUCAAGCUCAGCUAAAUGAUGUGAACCGCUUGAAACAGGAAUGUCAUCAUCUCUCAACUAUUGUGAUGCAGCUCUCAUCUUUUGUCAGUUCCAUAUCAGCAGUCACAGAACGCAUUGCACCAAAGUUAGCCCAAUCUAGUAAAGAUGCUGACCAUGAGAACCAAAUCCAUGCAUUGUUCGAACAGAUUAAUACUAUAACCAACCCAGACUCCCAACACAGGCAUAUCUCUAUGACAUCAGCCCCAUGCAACACAGGACUGUGUAAACCAGAGAAGGCACCAAACAGGUUACCUCCGUACACAGACACAGCUGGGAAAAAGUCUUAAACCCCAUCUCUUUUACUUCUCAGCUUUUCACUUUCCGCCUCCCAUCCAGUCUGCUCUCUCUCUCUCUCUCUCUCUCUCUCUCUCGCGACUAAUACAAUUGUACACACACUGUGUGUGUGUGUGUGUGUGUGUGUGUGUGUCUAUAUAUAUAUAUAUAUUUAUAUAAUCAUCAUGAUCAUAUACAUAAUUUAUAAAUAUCAUGAUUUUAACCCCCCCCCCUUUUCCCGCCCUUAUAUACAGGAUACGGUAAAUAAAUUGUCAUUCUAAAUUAGACAAAAAUGAAACUCACACUGACAUCUCAUUUUGACAGAUAUAUUUACCAAAAAUUACAUAAAAAUAUCUUGAAAUACUAAAGUGUAAAUUUAUUCAUUAAAAUUGCCAUUGGCUCCAACCAUGGCCUCCAGAUGACUUCAGAAUCUCCUGUAACUCUUCUGGAUUGUCUCCUUGUUUACAUUGGGUAAUGCUGCCAUAAUCCUUGCCUUCAGUUCAUCUUUGGUGUUACAAAAAGUUUUGUCGGUCAACUGUGUCCUACACAUAAUAACCAAGCGGUUUGCAGUCUGCGGAGUUAGGUGACCAGAUGUUACGGGGUGAUGUGGUCGCAGAAAUUAUCUGACAGCCAUGACUGGGUUCCCCUGCUUGUGUGGCAUGGUGCGGAGUCCUGUUGCCAGAUAUAGGGUCUUCCAGCAGCUACCCUCUUGACCCAGGGCAGCAUUACCUCCUCCAGUUACUUGAUGUAGGCCUCUGUGUUGAGUCUGAGGCCAUGUGGGAAGAUGAAUGGAGGCUUAAUGUCGCCAUCACUAGUGAUCACUCCAAACACCACGAUGUUGACUGGAUGUUCGAUUUUUAUCACUCUUGCUACAUGUUCAUAUUGCUACAUGUCCGUAUUGGAUCUUCUGAUGUAAAUGCCAAGCACUACAGCAUGUCAUUUCCAAAUUUCUGGUUGGUUAAAUUGCGUCAUGGUGCUGUUUUCCUCAAAGAUGGUGCCCAAUUUUGCCUCCUAAAUUGUGUGGUUGGCAAAAUCUAAAGACAAAUAAUGCACGUAAUUAUAAAUAUAAAAUGGUGACAAUUUACCCAUCGUCCUCUGUAUAUAUAUAUGCACACACAGAGAAUAUAUAUAUAUAUAUAUAUACAGAUAGAUAGCUAUAGAUACAUAUAAACACACAGUAUAUAUAUAUUUAUCCAUACACUAAUAUAGUAUAUAUAAAUAUACACACACACACGCACAGAAUAUAUAUAUAUAUAUUUUGAAAAAUGUGGGAAACGAAUUUCUAAAUUAACCAGGUACAACCGUUUAGCAUUACAUGGAUCUGCAUAUCAUGUAUUGGAGUCUUGAAAUUAAUAUAUUUAUCUAGAAAUAUCCAAAAGAUGUUAUAAUAGAAAAUAAUAAUUUAUCAAUAUGAUAAAUAAUAAUUUAUCAAUAAAUAUGUGGAUAUUCUAUUUCAGAUUAUGCAAAAAAUAACAUAACGAGUAUAUAUGAAGGAAAAACUCUUGGUAUCUAUAUAUACAUCAAGAAAUAAUACUUUAAGGAUAAAACCAGUACAGCAGCAGGGUAUAAAGAAUUAUCUCCUACUUAGGUUAUAAGUAUCAUUACAAGGGAACUACACGUGUUUCAGUACGGGAAGGUUAUAAUAUAUACAUAGAUAUGUAAUCAUCAGAUUUGCAAUUCUACCAACACAUCUUCAGGUCCUUUUUCAAAAUAUUGUUAACCUACUUUUACAUCACCUAAAAAUUAAGUGUUAAAUUAAACAUUAAAAAUUAAACUUUACAAAAUUAAGAAUUAUAUAUAACUGGAUGUUGCCAGGGAAACCAACCUUGCCAGGCAACCUUAACAGGGAUUUUUUGCUUUGCAAUGAUGGACAGUCCUUUUAUAUAGAACAACAGCUUGAAUAUUUAUGAAAAACACUGGAAUCAAAGAGAGGUGGAAUUUAUACUGGAAUAAUACUCAGCCUAAAAUUUGGCAAACAUUGAUUAAUGCUAAUAUAAUUAGUGGUUAAAUAUUAAAUAGAAGAAGCCAAUGGGUAGACAGUAAACCAAAGAUUUUGUCAAUGUGAAGAAUGAAAAGAUCCAAAACCAAAACAAGAAACCCUGCUAAAUAAUUUGGCUAACAUUUAGAAAUGGGUUUCAUUAUUUAUACAAGACAGGAAUCUCACUGAAAAAGUUUUUAGAAAUAAAAUUUGAUACAUUUUUGUAUAAAAGUAUUGUUGUUGUUGUUAUUCAACUUGACUCAGGAUUGGUUGAAUUUAUGUGGGCAACGGGUUUACUGCCUGCAACCUCAGAUGUCCUCUGCACAAGCACUUCAGGGGUUUCUCCACCUCAUUACUCACAAUCCAGACACAACCUUCACAGCUUUUAUCUUCCAAAUUUUAAGGUUUUGCAUUUUUUUUUUAUAUUUCGCCUUCUUUUUUUACGACGGAUGAAUUAAUAAAUAAAUUUACUUUUCUUUGUC